ACUGUCUCUGUGUUGAGGCCUGCUGGAUCUUGCAGAGAGAGCCGGGCCCUGGCUGGGCGAUCGAGCAGGAGAUGGGAUGUUCUUUCUCGUCAGUGUUUUUCGCCUCGUUCUCCCCUUCUCUUUGUUUCCACCCCGUGAGCUUUUCAGGUAUAAGUAGCAAACGUCUAUUUGCGUUGCUUGUCACUCUUAACUUCAACUUCAACUCAUCUCGACUUUGCACUUCCAUUUUCCCUCUUCCAGACACGCUGCGCAUCACUUUACCGUUUACCUCCUUCAUACUGUCAAACAGCUACCUUUCGGCCCACCCUCUUUUCUUUCUACCCCAGAUCUCUGCGUGUGCAGGUCCAAUCCAAUCCAAGGCUUUGUGCGUCACGAUAAACGCAGAGUCACUAGCACUAACACGAACACUAACUAACCAGACACUGCAAGAUAGUUUCCUCAUAGUAGCGCUGGUAAUUGAUACACUUGUUGAGGCAUGGUAUCACAUAGGAAGAGGUCAAAGACCGGCGGCCGCCAGAACCCCAAUGCUGCUCGCAAAACUCCGCAAAAGCCCGAGCUGCAGCGGCUGCCCAAGCCUCCUCGUCUCACCUGUGUAAGUUGUCGCAGUAUCGGAGUGCGGUGCAACGGCGAUAGGCCAUGCUCCCACUGUGAGGGAUGGCUGAAGUCGGAUUGUGUCUAUGAAGACCCGAUGACUAGUUAUCCAACCAUAUACAAAGUGAAGGGGAAAAACGUACCUCAACAGUCCAAUCAGCACAAGGUACAUGGCAACGACGACACCAACAAAGCCAUCGAUCGGGCCUCUGGCCCGAACACACAUAAAUCUGGAGAGCCUGACGAACAAGGAUUCAGAAAACAGCUGGACAAGUUGAACGAAGCACACUUUCUCCGUUCAAAGGCAUCAUGCCCUGGGGAGUUAUGUUCGAGCCCUUUGAGCCAGAAUGCUCCACCACCGACAGGUGUAGAUGCUUGGGCAUCGACAAACGCUACAUGUACUCUUCAACCAGCCAGCACGGGUGUUUUGGAAUCAAUGGAUCCUCUUCCGAUGACAGACGAUUCUUCGGAGCCGACAGUUACUUCGGCCAUGAUGCCACAACCGCCAUCUGCUUUUCCCCCGAGUAAUAAUGAUCCUUCUACUGUGGGCCUUGAUUCUCCUCCUGCGUCUUUACCUCUUGCUUCUCUCCCUCCUCCUCUCCCUCCUCCUCCUCCUCUUAUAAACAAUGCCUGCCAGCCAAAGUUGCUUGGAGAAGUAAAGCAAACAUGUUCUCGCCCGUCGUCUGUCGAAAGAGGGGAGGAAGAGAUUCCCAAUGUGCCAAAAUAUGCGUGUCAUUUGAUUGACAAGAACACUGGAUCCCUCAAACAAGAUCAAAAGGUUGCAGUUGUCGGCAUGUUGAGACAACUUCGCUCGGCCCUCAAGGAUGUCAAGGCAGCAGACAAAAAACCGCACAAGCCCAUCAUGCCCCCGUACGAGCUGAGUCUCUAUCUUCUACGAGUCUACCACAGAGAAGUCUGCUACUUGUUUCCGUUUAUCUGCUUCUCGACCUUUAUGCGCGCUUAUCGCAGCUUGAAUAGUGAUGAUGGCGCCGCCACCGGGCAUUUCACGUCCGCCUUGUUUGGCCUCGGAGGCUCAGGGGAGGAGUCGAGCACUCACCCACUCAUGUUUCGCUGCGCCCUCUUUACGAUGCUGUCCCAUGCGGCCAGGUUCUCCCAGAUGAAGGAAAAGGAUAGAACGUUCCUUUCGCGCGCGUUUUGGGAAUGCGCCUGUGCACAUCUCACCCCGGCUCUUGUCAAGGAAAACAGCCUGGCUGCCGUGCAAACUUUUCUCAUCAUCGCCGUGUCCUUUAACAGCACUCGUUUCUCAGGGGAUGAACGCAGGAUUCCCAUUGAAAUCGCACAUCGCCUUGCACAACACAUGAGGCUGGAUGAUGUCAACGAUGGGGUUAUGAGGUCUCCUGAAGAAAAGGAGACACGCAUGAAGGCAUGGUACGGAUGUGUUAUGAUGACUUCGUUCGUUCAAACUGCCGUCAACUUUCGUUUACCGCUGUCUUCUAGGACUGGUACCAAGGCUCUUGAAUCUGCAGAUCAAACACCCCCUGACAUUAUACCCUUUAGCUUCUUCACCGGCUGUGUUGCUCGCUGUGAGGAGCUGGAGAAGAUCCUCAAGAAUAUGCCCAAGGCCCGCAGCCACAUCUUUCCCAAAGAAUUCAGCAGUCGCUAUUCCCAUGGUCUUGCUGAGUUGCUCGAGAUGUUUGCCAAGUUCCUGUCCGUGCUGCCGGUGGCACUCGAUUGGACUACCAUGGGAAUACCCUCGUUAGAGGUUGACGCCAUUGAGUCUGUCGACACGCAAAAGGUAAACUUGGAAGCGGCAGACUUGCAAAUACCAGGUUUGGAAAUCUUAGACUCCAACACUGCAGACUCUCAAACCAUAGACUCACAGGCAGAAAACUCACAGGCCGCGGCUUGUAAUACUAGCUUCAUGUUCAUUCGUUCCAUGCUCUUUAGCCCAAUCUUCAUGGAGGCGGGCAUACAAGAAUGCCUUGCAUCCGGUGAAGACAUCUCUACGCUGAACACUGUAGCGGAGCAAAAGGCUAGAUUUUGUGCUAUACAGUGCCUUAAAAAUGCGAUCCAUUUACUCAAUUAUAUGCACAAAAGAAGUAUGCCCAGGGCACGCAGUCGGGAGCCGUGGUGGUGGGAUCCAUACCACGUGGGCACUGUGGGCCUCAUCAUCAUCAUGGCCCAAACGUCCGAAUCUCUGUGGACUUCCUUUGACGUGACUCUUCUCAAGCAGGCUUGGAAGUACUGCCAGGAACUGCUUAUUUUUGACAGAACCAACAGCAGCUUCAAGCGAGACGUUGUUGAGUUCUUGUGGAAGGUCAAUGGCGGCAUUAGCAAGGGCCGCGUCUUGGCCAACGAGUACUUUAUGAUCCCAGAGCCUCCAUCCGCGACAGAGAGAGGAGACAAGGCUGGUUUCAGGACCUGGACUUUUGACGUGGAUCCUUCGCGCCUGGAAGCCGAUGGCAUCAUCAGAAUUCCAUACUCCGUGGCCCAGAACUCCCAAACUCUGCCGGAUGAGGAUUACAUGGACAUAGAGAUCAGUCCACGCACGAGGGUUGAGGAUGUGCUCGUCAUGCCCCAAGCAUCAGCGGAUUGGAGCAAUCAGGCUGGUACGGCCCUUCGUGCGGAGACGGCGGCGAUGAGCGUCUCCAAUGCUUUCAAUGGCCGGCCGUCUUUGACUGCCAGCGUGGAUACGGACUUUUCGUUUACCCCGGGCGCGGAUUUGGACUUUGCCUUCACUCCAGGCAUGAUGGACAUGGAUUUCGCCUUGGAUCCAAACGCGGAUAGCAGCUUUGCUCAGCCGAACUCGUCUUCCGGCACGCCCUUUAGCCCAUCAAGAUGGGAUACAGGUAGGAGCUGCCAUAGAACGGCGUCGGCAUCGGCCCCCAGCUCCUUGAUGCCCUUCUCCCAGGCCCAGUGGACUGCUUGCUAUGAUCCGACGACGGCACCAGCCUCAAGCAUGCCGUUCAGCCGGCCGUCAUGGACUGCUGGCAUGGCAUAUAGCCAACCAAGACAGGCUCCUGGCAUGCCCUCUGGCGCUCCUCCUUUGAAAGUUAUGCAUUUCAACCCGACCAUGUCUUCCGAUCAAAGACAGCCGACGUUUAGUAGGGACACUCCCAACACUCCCAGCCAACCACCUGUGGGCUACACCUCCUCUGCCAGUGCUGCUUUUCAUGGCGGAAACAUAUUCCUGAAUGGACUCACGAGAUGAGAAUAGAUGGAGCCUAAGGGUGAGGAUGCUGGCGUUGGUGUUGGUGCUGACAUGUUUGGUAGGAUUGGACAUGGAAUAAUAUCACGUACAUGGUUGUAUAUAUGAACAUGAGUUUGGAUAUGUGAAUAAGGUAGGUAUGGUGACAAAAAGUUGAGUAUCAGAAUUAUGGUUGUUUUUGUCGGAUUUGUCUUCAUACAUAUAUGCAUAUAUUUAGAAGUUUAUAAGUCUAUAUUG